CUAUAAACUUCUGCUGCCUCCGGUUUCAGGCUGUUUUUGUUCGGUAAAGUUUCCUCAGACAGACACAGAUUAAUUUAACUGAUCGUGGAGACAUUCACAGAUUCAGCGAUGUUUUCAUAAGAGCUGCAGGACUCAAGAGUUUCCGAGGAUGGUCAGGAAAAGCGGCAUUACGCGUCGUUCAUCGAAGCGUGGCUCUCAAAUCCCGGCUCUCAAACACCUCUCUUUGCUGGAUCCGGCUCCUCCAGAACCUCCUCUGCUCCAGUCCGGUCCAGAAGAGAGUCCCGCCUGUCUGGACCGGGUUUACCUGCACGCUGCUGCCAUCUUUCAGAACACACACCUGGAGAAACCUGCCGCUCACAGGCUCAUCAGCUACGGGAAAAGGUCAGAGGUCAGAUUGCCUGUCGCCAAGGAUGAAGCGUCUCAGCGAUCAGCGUAUCAGCUCGCCUUCAAUACACUCAAAUAUCAGGAGCUUCUGGAGGACGUCCUGAUUGACAGCUGCUUCUGUCUCUCACAGCCAAUGCUGGAUCAUAGCAUGAGUCUGGUGGCCGUCAUGCUCACUGACUUAAUGGACAGGAAGUUCCUCCCACGCCUGCCACCGGCCAAUCAGGAGGAGGAGGAAGUGAAGGCUGUGCGGGAGGUGGAGGCGCGUCUGCUCAGGUUCAGGACUAAACUGGUGGCGUCGUUGGCUCGGUGUCGAAUCAAACACGAGCUGCUGACGCUGGACAACAUCCUGCCAGAGAACAUGCGGCACAGACAGGAGAGAGCGACGCUGCUGCCGCUGUACGGAUGGAUCAACACGCUGCGCAGCAGUUUUGAGCAGGUCAGUGAAGUGUUACACAUAUCAGGCUUUUCCUGCGUUAAAUCUGUCGGGGGGCUGGAAGGACGGACCUUCUGUAAGGACCCGCACUGCCACGACUUGCUAGUGUUUCCCAGCAGCGUGAAGAGCGAACUGACUAACACUGGAUUACUGAGCAACGGAAGACUCGUCAUACAGGAUAAGUCAUGCUGUGUGGGCCCCUGGGCCCUGGGGCCCCUGCUGGCCGAUGGCGGAGACGUCCUGAUGACCGGCUGUUUCUCUGCGCAGACGGUCGCACACGUGGCCGCAGUGGCUGCGUCUGCGCACACACAGGCCGAAACACACAUGUCUCAGUCAAACGCUCGUGGUCAGAGCACAGUGAUUGUGUGUUUGGGAGACGGAGCACGAUCACAGACAGAUGAACUGCAGAACACACUCACCAAACUGGGCUGCAAGAAUGUUAAGCUGCUUCCAGACUCUCUUGAGUCUCUGGACGUCUCUGAAGCGCGUCUGCAGAAGGUCGGUGUGGUGUUUCUGAUGCCGGCAUGUUCCCUGUCUGCUGUCAGCAACCCUGUAGAUUACAUAAUGCAGGAGAACAGAGACCUGCGGCUCAUGCUGGAUCUGUCUCAGGGUUCGGUGUCUCCAGAGAAACUCCAGACGCUCGUGUGCCAGCAGAGGAAAGACCUGCAACGCGCCGUCCAGUUUCCUCAGGUUCGAGCAGUGCUUUACUCCACCUGUUCUGUUCACCCAGAGGAGAACGAGGAGGUGCUCAAGACGGUUCUCUCACAAACACAGGAGAAUCACUCCACAGCAUCGCCUUACAGGUUGACUUCUCCAAGUCUCCUGCAGGACUCCAUCACUGAAGAUGAUGAGGAAUCAGAGGAGAUGAAGGCCAAAUUCUUCAGACUGGAAGCAUCAGAUCAUAAUAAUGGCUGCUUUUUAGCGCUGCUCACACGACAGCCUGAACCAGAAGUGAUAGAAACGCCACAGGAAGUUCUCGCUCGUGCAGCGGCCAAAGGCUUGUUGGACGGCUUCCAGCCGAACGAGCCAAUCAAGAAAGAAGGCAGAGGCCGACGGUCCCGCAGAGCACCCGCCAAUCAAAAACGAUCUGUGAAGACACGCCCACACGCCACACAGAGCGACCAAUCACGUGUGGCGGAAUUUUUGAACCGUGAGAUGAAAGCGAGCAGCUCAGAGCCGACAUUGAGUCAUCAGAACGGCAGAACUCAGUCGCCUCGGAGUCCAGCACACUACGGUUACUUCAAUUUAACGAACAAACCCUCUGGUCCUCGAUGUCCCUCUCAGGGUGUGUCCUCCAGAACAGGCUCCGCCCAUAACCCCGCUCCUUUCUCCAGUUCAUACCAGUUCAAAAGUUUGACUCGUUUGGCUGCGGCUGCCAUUUCCAACAAUGGUAAUCCCUCAUCCCCUCCUCCUGCUCCGCCAAAAGGCCGUCAGGAAGUGCUUCGACCAGCGACCGUCACGUUUCCUCCUGUUCUGUUGUCAAACGACAGUCUUCUUCCUCGGAGACACAGCCACGCCCUUCCUACCCGUCCAAGCCCCGCCCACACAUACCUGCAGUGGUGUAACUCGACACCAGCUCUUCCUCGAACCCAAACGCCAUACAGAGCGAGACUGAACCAUCUGCGGCCGUGGCUCUGACAUGCACAUCAGUCAGUAUUUCACUCACUUUCUUAAUAUCUAAGAGUGUUAUAUCUGUAUAAGAGCCUAGAUAACUCAUUAUUACUUAAGCUGAAUAC